CAAUGUCAAAAAAAUGCUUUAAUUGUGAGUGCUAUGGAAUACAAAUAUUGUGACUAGAAUAAUAUUUCAGCAUAUUAUUAAAUUAUUAAAUAAUAUUUAGGCAUCUAUUUUACGAGUAUAGGUGACAGCUAUUGGAGAAGGAAUAAAAUAAAAAGUAAUAAGAGACACAUCUGUUAUUUAACUAUUUUUAAUUUCACAUCCACUUAAUAGUUAUCAUUUCAAACAAUAACCAAGUUUACUUAAGAUAUAAAAAAAUGUUGGGUAUGGCGAAUUUAUGUCGGUACUCUCAACUUGUAAAAGUUGCUCCGACCAAACUGCUAGGAUCAAAUUCGGGUGUUAGCCGCUUAGUUUCAAGGCAGCUCAUUACACCGAUAAGAAACAACAACCACAAGCACACCAUAUACAAGGGGUUUCAGAUACAGAAUAUAAUAAAAUCAAAUCCAAUAAUAUUAAGAUUCUGUUCAUCAUCACAACCAAAGAGGUCUAAGCUUGUUGGCUACUGGUUACUGGGAUGCAGUGGGAUGGUGUUUACUGCUGUUGUUUUAGGCGGAGUGACUCGACUCACCGAGUCUGGGUUAUCUAUGGUCACAUGGAAAUUGUUAGGAGAGAAGUUACCAAGAACUGAUGAGGAGUGGGAGACGGAGUUCAAAAAAUAUCAGCAGUACCCGGAGUAUAUAUAUAAGAAUCAUUCACUGACACUGUCCGAGUUCAAAUGGAUCUGGUAUAUGGAGUAUGCUCAUAGGACGUGGGGUCGACUCAUAGGGGCCUCUGUCUUCAUCCCGGCCGCUGUGUUCUGGGCUAAGGGCUGGUUCGACAAGGCUAUGAAGAUAAGGGUGUCCGCAUACUGCGCGCUCGUUGCUGCACAGGGUCUUAUGGGUUGGUACAUGGUGAAGUCAGGUCUUGAAGACAGAUUUCAAGGGCCGUCGGACGUUCCGCGCGUGUCCCAGUACCGCCUGGCCGCUCAUCUCAGUCUCGCCUUCAUUCUGUACUCGGGACUACUGGCCGGAGCCCUGCGGGUGCUCCGCCCCUUCCCUAAGGGAGCUCUCGUGAGGAUCAAAGAGCUGGCCGCCGUAACCGGACUCGCGCAUGCCGUUAAAGCUAUGGCGUUCUUCACGGCUGUUUCAGGAGCGUUCGUGGCCGGUCUAGACGCGGGAUUGGUCUACAAUUCAUUCCCGAAGAUGGGUGACAACUGGAUCCCGGACGACAUCCUGUCCUUCGCCCCCACCAUCAAGAACUUCACGGAGAACCCCACGACAGUUCAAUUCGACCACCGGGUCCUUGGCACCAGCACUUUGAUAGCGGCCACCACACUGUGGCUGAUGGCGAGGGGCAGGCCACUGUCCCCGGUGGCGAGGAGGGUGGUCAAUGGAGUGGGAGCCAUGGCCUGGCUACAGGUGUGCCUGGGUAUCAUGACGUUGGUCCACUACGUGCCCACUCCGCUGGGCGCGUCUCACCAGGCCGGUUCCCUCGUCUUACUGUCGCUGGCAAUCUGGCUCACCCACGAGAUCAAGCUACUCAAGUACAUACCAAAGUGAAUUCUUUAACCUGCAUUUAAUUACACUCCAUCGUAUUCUCCCGUUUAACAAAGACAUUAGUCAACGAUGCCAUAUUGUGUGGACGUCAUAUAAUAAGUUUGAACGAAAAUAUUGUAAUAGAAACAGUAUAUAUAAUGUACUUUGUCAGUGUGUUCACUUGUGUACACUCGACUUAUAGCGAUGUGUAACAGGAAUUAGUUAUGAAAAUUUUCAAUCGCAAUACUAUACAAGCAUUUAGUCUAGAGAGUUUACAAUUUAGCUCUUGGUAGGAGACAGUCGCUAAUAAAAAAAAAAAAAAAUUCAAUAACUCAUAGUACUGAAGCAGAAAUGCACGAGGUUUUUUAAAUUAUUUUUCCUAUAUUAUGCUCUUUCUUGGGAGUUUAAUAAGUCAUGAGCAUUAACGCUUGAAAGUAUUUGCAGUGUCUGUUCCUGAUAGUGUUAAGUGAAAGAUUUUUUGUUUAAUGAUGUAUGGAGCGUAGUUUUAAUUAGUUCUGUUGAAUAAAAUGACUUUGUUUGUAUAUCUCGUUUAUUAUUAUAAUAUCAAAAUCGAAGAUGCCUUAAUGAAAUGUCAAAAUAGUGUUCGGGUGGAUAAAAAAAAUAACGUUUCUAUGAAGUUAUUCACAAUGUGAUUUAUUUGAAAAUUUAAAAUGCUAAUAUUGCUUACACACUCUACUGAUAUAUACAAUAGGUCGACCGAGAUGAGAUGCGAGGGAUGUGGCACCAACCUUCACUGGUGUGGUGCUAAAGAGAGCACACGCGUUUGUACAGCAACAUAUAAAGGAUUUAGUGCUAAAAAGUCCCGAUAUUGCGUUUAAGAAAUAUUGCCAACAGAGGGUGCUGUCCUAAAC